AGGUGAUUUCAAAAAAUUUUCCGGGGCUCAUCCCCCGAUCCCCCGUUUCCUUUCCUGUGACAAUGCUUGCAACAAACUGAUUCUCAGCUAUAGCAAAGUUUUUCCGAGCCCGUUUUACAAGCACUAAAGUUUUGUGACUUUAGCACCUAUUGGCGCCCUUUUGACUGCUUUUCCCGGUGGGUCAAAUAGUUGCCAGUCCGCCACUGCUGAUGAUAAUGAAGAUGGUACCUGAUGAUAAUGAAACAAUACUGGGAUGGCUUGUUUAAAUCUGACUUUCGAAUCGAAAGGAAGUGUUACCAAUCCACGGUAGUUUAAGAUAAACUGGGCAUAUUUGCCGACCAAACAUUUGGACAGCAGAAAAACUUGCGAACUUUUCCCUUGUAUAAUAUAAUUCUAUGGGUAUAACUAAUCUACUUUUUCUUACACUUUACGAGGGUAGGUACCUCAUUUGUUGAGCUGUGUUGCAUUAAUAUCUAGCGGGGAGGCUUUGGAAGCGGUGAAGGAGUCCUUCUCGGUACGAGGCUAGCCAAUCAGAAGAGGUAAGUAUCAAGGCGGCAAAUAGAAGUUGUUUUUGACCAACGGCAAAAUGGCCACCACGGAAAGUAGUGACGCUUCUUCGCCACCAUUGUUAAGCGAAACUUCACAUGGAAGCUCUGUUUCUUCCGAUUUUCAAAAGGAAUACGAAGAUAUCCUUAAGUAUGCCCUUGUAACACCAAGGUUUGAAGCGGUACCAAGUGCUUAUGUGAAGCCGGCUGUUCCCCACCAGGAUUAUUCGUGUGAUCACAAAUUGGAACAAAGCCCUGUUGCCGAGACGUCUUCUUGCACAAGCAAUUCUGAUGAAAAUGGAGCAGAAACGGAGAUGGAGACUGUGAAGUCAAAUCGUAAGCGCCUAUCUAACCGAACAAAAGUGCAUGAUAGGGGUGCAAAUCAGCGCCUACUGUCGACAAAUGCAAAAUCUUUUAAAUUUCCAGUCAAUGAAGAACAUAUCAUCACUGAAAAGCUGAAUCACAAUGACAGUUCUGCAAGUAGCACAUUGUCAAACACAUCAUUGAUGAAUGGUAUAUUUGAUGGAGCACUGGAUGGAGAUCUGGGCAGGAUGGACAAUUUAUUGGAUGUCUGGUGUCUUGAGUUGAAAAGAAAUAUUUUGGGAGAAUUCUCAAACAACAAGCUAAAGCUAUUGGAACAUAUGAAAGAGAAGAUGGAAGUUCAAGAGAAAAGGCAUCUUCGAGAGGAAGAAGCACUGCAAGAUCAAAUUGAAAAGCAUAAAGAGUUGCUGCACACAUUUGAAAAAUCAAUCAAUCAAAAAGAUCUUGUCAUUACCAAUCUUACUGAUUCCUUGGAAAAACAAAAAGAAAAGCAGGAGAAAUUGAAGAUCUUACUAACUUGGAAGUUGAAGCACAACGAUGAAAAACGUGAGAGAUUUGCAUCCAAGUUGGCUGAGAAGCAUUAUAAAAGGACUGUGUUGUCCAAAAUAUGGCUUGGAUGGAGGAGUGUAAUUGAAAUGCGCUGGAAGCAAAGGGUUGAGAGAGCUUGUCAGUCUAGGUCCCAAGAGAUUUGCGUGAAACUAACAGAGGACUACGAAGAAAGAUUGAAAGGGUUGCAAAAUUCACUUGAAGUUGCGAGGAUUGAGGUGGCUCGUUUGCACAACGAAAGAGAUCUCUAUGAAGAGACGAUGAAAAAAGCGUUUAUGAGGGGCGUCUGUGCUUUGAAUUUGGAAGCAAUGCACAUGUUCAGAGAGCAAGCAUACGAAGAAGAAGGAAAAGGGAGAAAAAAUGAAAAUGGAGACGAAAUCAGUGACAGUGGAUACACUGCAGUUGACAAGCAAAAACAUGACAGUCAAAAGGACAACAGAACAACUGAUGACGAUCGUAACAGAAUGAAGGCGCCACAGCUAAGAGAAUCAAAUUUCGACAACGUAGACAACCGUAGGAAGAUUGCUGUGAGCGUGGUUGGGAAGGACGCAUUCCGGACAAAAAUGAAAAAACAGACAAAAGCUGGCAAGCAGAACAGUCAACCUUCAAUUACGUCGGUGUUUGUUGAGAAACACAAGGCAGACGAGGCCCGUGACGUAGCUCGUGCAAAAUCAUUACCUAUCGGUGGAAGGACAUCUGUCGCCUCAAAUGUACCUAAACCUAAAAGCAAUACUGGCAGGGGUUUUGGCGAAGAAAUCAAAGUUGUUUUAUGAUAAGCAUUAGCAAUGAUAAUCACUAUUUGUAAGUUUGAAAUUUAUCUCUCAUGUCAUCGAUAAUAUUGACGAAAUUCUCAGCGGGCUUUAGUUUCAGCAUACAAAGACGACCCGAAAUAUUUACAGUACCCACAUUUGUAAGUGCCCACCUUGUUUUUAAGCUAUUACAUUCUCCAUGUGUAAGUUUGAUAGGAAUCUCUUAAUGUGCAGAACUCUUUUCGAAUUGAUUCUCAUUUUUCGCUUUUCCAGAUGCACUGUUGUUUUGUCUAAUACUUUCAGUUAUAUCUAUUAACUCUUGUUUGAAUGUGUCUUUCACAUAUAUAACUAUAAAUCUUUAAUCCAAAUUCUUGUUUUGUAACGAUUUGUGAAGAUUUGCAGCUGACUGGAAUUUUGUCUAUUUGAGUUUUCAAAAGAACAUUGAUGAAAAUAUUUUCCUUUUUUAUAUUUUCAACAUGAAGCGUAUGAACUUGUAAUCUUUUCAACCGGCAGCAAGGUGUAUUUUAAGAAUAUACUCAUGAAUUUUAAGAUUAGUAUAUGUAACUGAUGGUAUUUUGAUGACUAACUGAUGGUAA